AUGUCUUUCAAUGGCGCAACCAGCGGUGAUUCGCUACUGCUUCCUGUACCGGCGAAUGUGAAAAGAAAGAGAGGCCUAUCACUUCGUUCUCAGCUUCUCAACAAAUCACUUUGGACACAUACUGAUAUCAACGAUGAUCCAAAGUCUAAUAAUAGAUCACUGAAAAAUAGCGAUGGUCUGAUCCAAAACAUAGAGCUCGAUGUCAUGGAGGAAAACAGUGGACCAAACACAACUCCUCAUAUAAAUAUCAUCCACGACGAUGAGGAACUUAAAGACUACCAACCAUAUAACACUCUCAACUCCAACAUGAGCAGAUCUACCACCCAACUAACCUAUGCUUCUUCCCGUUCUGACCUCACCUCGAUCGGCUCCAACACAUACCUAGGUCCUGGCCCUCGGUACCGCCGACGCAAUCGAUUCUACAAAUUCAUAAAACGCAUUCUUGGACAGAACGAUCUACAACCCACCGAAAAUGGUCGUAUUAUUCCUUUGAGUCUUAACAAGAGUGACGCCAACUCCUACUUUCUGCAAGAAUUCUACGACACUUACAACAAGUCAUACUUGGAUGAAAGAAGUGGUGAACCAUACUGCUCAAAUCUCAUAACUUCAUCCAAAUACAACAUCUAUACCUUUUUGCCCUUACAGCUCAAAGCGCAGUUUUCCAAAAUUGCAAAUUGCUACUUCAUGGUAGUGGCAAUAAUGCAGAUGAUUCCAUCAUGGUCCACGACCGGUAAGUUCACCACGAUUGUUCCCUUGUUAAUCUUCAUGUCGAUUUCGAUUGCAAGAGAAGGCUUCGACGACUGGAAGCGUCACGGCCACGACAAAGAAGAAAACAACAAGUUUACCACCAUCAUAGAGGAAGACAAAGAUCUUUCAUCGUUCGAUACACACUCAGUCACCACCAUUAUGACAGAAACCAUGCAAGUACCUCCAUUAAACUCGGCUCUUAGAUCCAAUCAAAUAACACCCGUGAACUCUAAUGAGCAAGAAGAAAUGCACUAUACCCGGCGCCAGGCCAUGAAGCGCUACAAUUUGAAGGAGACAAAGACCCCCUGGAAACAUCUCAAGGUUGGCGAUUUCGUAAAAGUACGAGAAGAUGAAUGGUUUCCAGCUGAUGUAGUCCUCUUAUCGACCAGCGAAAAAACGAACGAAGCGUUCGUAGAAACGAUGGCAUUAGAUGGUGAAACCAACCUUAAGCCUAAGGCACCUCAUCCAGAGCUUGAAAGCAUAUAUUCAUCUGUCCCAGGACUUAAAAAUAACAAAAGCAUUAUCACCGUUGAGGAUCCCAACACAGACCUUUACAAUUUCGAAGGAAGGUUUCAAAAAGAUGGAACAAUGUACGCUUUGGGGCUGGACAACGUUGCUUAUCGAGGAAGUAUUUUGCGCAACACCAAGUCUGUUAUUGGUGUGGUAAUAUUCACAGGCGAAGAAACAAAAAUACGAAUGAACAACAUCAAGAGACCACGCACGAAGGCACCUAAGCUUCAGCGUAAUAUCAACUACAUUGUCAUUUUUAUGGUGUUUGUGGUACUAAUGUUAUCCUGUUUUUCCAUGAUGGCACAACGUCUUAUGUAUGACUGGCAUAAAGUCAGCGACUGGUACUUAUUUGGACAAGAUGCUGGAGUUGCUCCAACUUUAAUGGGUUUCAUCAUCAUGUACAACACAUUGAUCCCACUUUCAUUGUAUGUGACUAUGGAAAUUAUCAAGGUGAUGCAACUUCUUUUCUUGCAGUUUGAUAUCGAUAUGUAUCAUGCUGAAUCUAAUACGCCAGCAGAUGCGAAGACAGCAACAAUCUUGGAGGAAUUGGGCCAGGUAAGUUUUGUCUUUACAGAUAAAACAGGUACUCUCACAGACAACAAAAUGGAGUUUAGAAAAUUUAGUGUUUGCGGUGAAAGCUGGCUCCACAACUUGGACUUGUUAGCAAACCAAGACGCCAUUGAGCCAAGUGACCAUCAACCAUCGAGCGCAGAAAGAGCUAGAACGAGCAUGGAUGUUGUGUCUCUCAAUUCUCACACAUCCUAUCGCUCCACAGCAAAUCCUAACGAAAACCAAGAGUACAAGACUUCACUUCAGCUUCUCAAACAUCUCCAAUUGAACCCAAAUACCAUUUUUUCAAAGAAGGUCAAAUUCUUUUUAUUGAGUAUUGCACUUUGUAAUACCUGUUUACCACGAAGCAGUGCAACCGAAUCUUCUAAUUCUAGUCGCAACAGUUCCAUGGAAGACAUAUCAGAAAUACCCACCAAUAAUAGUGAUGGUUCUAUCGAGUACCAAGCAGCGUCCCCCGACGAGCUUGCUCUUGUGAAAGCUGCAAGGGACUUGGGGUAUGUAGUCUUCGACAAACAAGCAAAUACGCUUACAAUUAAGACUUAUCCAAUGGGCUUUGAAAACGAUGCAAGGCUAGAAACAUACGAAGUGCUCAACAUUGUUGAAUUCACAUCGUCACGGAAACGAAUGUCUGCCAUUGUGAGAUUCCCUGACCAGCGGAUCUGCUUACUUUGUAAAGGUGCCGACAAUAUCAUCAUUGAAAAGUUGAAAAAUAGCCAGAUGGUCCAACAAAAAGCCAAAGAGAUCUCUCAAAACUCAGCUGACAGAAAAAUCAUGGAGGCAGAUAUCGUUUUGCAGUCGCGAUUUUCAAACGAAUUAGAAUCAAGAAAAUCGUUGAGUUCUCUACGACAACGAUUAAGUUUUGAUAGCUUGCGAGAUGGACAGGAGCGGGCCAGAACCAUGAACUCAAUUGAUAACUUCUUACUGAACAAAGACGAAGGAGAAUUAACUGAAGUAGCAUCUCAGCACCGAAAAUCAUUACACAACCAGCAAGUGAAAAAGUACAGCUUAGACAUGCUGAGAGCGAAUAAUGAACAGACUGCGAAUACUGACAGCAGUACCGACAACCAAGCAUUCUCAGUUCCUAAUGACAGGCUAGUACUUCAUGAGGAAUACGUUGCAGAACGUACUUUGCAGCAUAUAGAGGAAUUUUCGACUGAAGGCUUGCGUACGCUUAUGUAUUCCUUCAAAUGGCUCGACGAAAAAGAAUAUGAGACGUGGGCCGACAAGUAUGCAUCGGCCAAAACUGCGUUAACAGAUAGAGCUGCACUUGUGGAAGAGGUUGGAGGCGAAAUCGAGUAUGAUCUAGAACUAUUAGGAGCCACUGCUAUUGAAGAUAAACUACAAGAUGGUGUGAGCGAAGCUAUCGAGAAACUAAGAAGAGCCGGAAUAAAGCUCUGGAUGCUAACAGGUGAUAAGAGAGAAACGGCAAUCAAUAUAGGAUACUCUUGCAGGCUCAUCAAGGACUACUCUACGGUGGUCGUUUUGUCCAAUGAUGAGCCUCGAGAUACGAUCGUGCAGAGAAUCACGUCCGCUACCUCAGAAAUACAAGCAGGCAGAGUGGCACAUUUUGUCUUGGUUAUUGACGGCGCUACUUUGGGAGAACUUGAAUCAGACAGUACAAUCAUGACACUCUUUUUUGAGCUUUGUGUUCUUGCCGACUCUACAAUUUGCUGUCGAGCAUCUCCGUCGCAAAAGGCAAGCAUGGUGAGUUCGGUUCGGGAUUUGAACAAGCGAGCUGUGACUUUGGCAAUUGGCGAUGGAGCAAAUGACAUUGCAAUGAUCCAAAGUGCCGAUAUAGGAGUUGGAAUUACUGGAAAGGAAGGUCUUCAAGCAGCCAGAUCGGCCGAUUAUGCAAUAGCUCAAUUCCGGUUCUUGCUCAAGUUGCUUCUAGUUCAUGGUCGAUACAACUACGUCAGAACUUCCAAGUUUGUUCUUUGUACCUUCUACAAAGAGCUACUCUUCUAUUUGACGCAGGCACUUUAUCAACGAAACACGUUGUUUUCGGGCUCAUCAUUGUACGAAAGUUGGUCUUUGUCCAUGUUCAAUACCUUGUUUACUUCCCUUCCCAUUUUAUGUAUCGGCAUGUUUGACAAGGACCUCAAGCCUGCAACAUUGAUUGCAGUUCCCGAAUUGUAUGCCAAAGGCAGGGAGUAUCGUGCAUUCAAUUUGAGAGUUUUCGUCGCUUGGAUGUUCUUGGCUGCUUUCCAAAGUGUUGGAAUAUCGUUCAUCUCGUGGUAUAUAUGGGGCUUCACUGCGCUACACGACAACUCCGUGUUACCAUUGGGCACCAUGAUGUUUGCAGCGUUGACCAUUAUCAUAAAUGCCAAGAUCACCUUGAUAGAGAUGCAAAAUCGGCAGUGGUUGGCUUUUGCCUCAUUUAUAAUCUCAGUGGGAGGUUAUGGCUUGUGGAAUGUGCUUAUCAUGUUCUUGUAUCGGUCAAAAGAUUCGCCCAUCUUUUUCGUUGCUUACGGUCUCUUAACUUUUGGCUCUGACGCUAGCUGGUGGGCCGGAUUAUUGAUCUUAUUCACCAUUCCACUUUUGUUUGAUAUCUUUUUGAAGGUGUUUCUCUUCUCAGUUAGACCGUCAGAUGACCAAAUCUUCCAAGUAUUCGAGAGGAAUAUCGAUCUCAGAAGACUUUUCGAGCAGAAGGCUAUUAAAGAGCUAGCACCUGGGUGGACAUAUCCAAAAGAACUGUCUAUCUGGCGCAAAUGGUGUGUGAAGGGUAUCAACAGGGUUCGCAAAGUGUUCAAUAUGGACCCAUUGCAUAUAAAAGAGAAGGAAGAAACACUUAUCUCACUAAAUGAGUCAACUUCUCAGCGAAAGAGAGCCGGUACCAACCCCAAUCCGACGGAACUUCCACCGGGUAGCGGAGGGGAAGCUAUACGAGUGGCCGAUAGAGACCUCGACAUGUCAGAUUACGACAUACUUCCCAGUGGAAAAAUGGUUAAGAUUGCUAACUCCAAUCCUGGUAUGUUGAGCAAGAUCGGGCGAAGAUUCGGAAGCGGUGAAAAUGUAGACGAGAUUAUAGCCCACCGGUUGGAAAGUCUACGCAAGCAGGAAGAGGGGGAUUACUAA